AUGAGGUUUCAAAUCUUUACUUUCUUGGCUCUACUAGCAGCGGCGAUAAACAUUGGCGAGGGCGCAAAGCCAUGUCGAGCCAAACGUCCGACCACUGAACCACCAUCAACAACUACAGUGGAGAGUUCAACAACUCGUGAUUCAAAAGCACCUUGUAUGGCAGUAUUUGAGAAUAUGAAAGAAGAAGAAGAUGGUUUUGAAGAUUAUGCAAUGGGAGUUACAACUGCAGCAUCAGUACCAGAAUGUAGUAAAACUUGUGAAACUGAUGUGAAAUGUGCAUACAGUUUCUUUAAAACUAACAAGUGUUACGCUUUCGAGAGAUUUAGACCAACUGAUUUUGUGAAGAAUGGAGGGAUGCCACUUAUUUUCAAGCUAUAUCUCAACGGGACGGUCACAUGUGACACUGCUACAAUUGAUGAAUUGGCAAAUACGAAGGAGAAAAUGUACUAUCCAGAUGGUGGAUCUUAUUGGCUUUUCAAAAGUAUUUUCGAUAAUUAUUCUCUCAGUGUUAAAGAUCCAGCCAUGGGAUAUAAGAGAAGAAAGAGAAGUAUUCUUUCGUGGUUACUCAAUUUCUAAUAAAGUUUUGUGUCGCGUUCAAAAU